UGGCAUUUCUCGCGCUCUCUUCAUUGGCACUUCAUAAGUGAUUGAAGGAACAUUAGAGAGCGGCUGCUAUUUUCAAAACUGCUUUGUCACGUUUAUCUUGUUGAAAUUAGGUAUUUUAUGAUACUUUAAGAUGGAUACAGUUGACAUUUGGAAGUUGGCAUACGAAGGUGACCUUGGUGCACUAAGGGUGAGAGCAACAGAGGAUAAAUCUCUGCUCUUAAAGUUAGACCAGAGUGAUCGUAUGCCCCUUCACUGGGCGGCAUCUGGAGCAAAGUUUGAGGUUGUCCAGUAUUUGUUGGAAAAUGGAGUUCCAGUCAAUGUAUCAGAUGAUUCAGGUUGGAGUCCUUUGCACAUUGCAGCAUCCGUUGGUCAUGCAGGUAUUGUCUCGGCUCUGAUUGGUCAGAAUGCUGAAGUCAAUGCAACCAAUCAUACGGGACAGACACCUCUCCAUUACUCCUCAUCAAGAAGUAGGGUCGAGGUGACGGAGAUUCUUUUGGACCAUGGAGCCGAUCCAAUCAUCAGUGAUGAGAACGGAGCCACACCCCUCCACCGUGCCGCCUCCCGAGGAAACAUAGAGAUCGUCAAACUCCUCCUCCAGUUCAACUGCAGAGUGGAUGCAACAGAUAAACAAGGAAAUACUCCAUUACAUCUAGCCUGUGAGGAGGAGAGAACUGAGGAAGCUGUUGCGCUUGUAGAACACGGUGCAAGCCUUGAAAUAGUGAACAAGGAGGAGAAGACGCCCCUUGCCAUGGCACCGGCAGGGUUAGCGAGGUCUUUGCAGAGAUUAAAAGAAUAGCGCCAUUUCAUGAUGAGAACAGAUAUUUUUUUGAAAAUGUGAACUUGCUGUUGAACGACAGAGAUGUAGAAAAGGACGAUGAAGCAUUGCAUUCACCAUUUUUGGAAAGAAAUCUUGCUGUACAUGCAUUGUCGGAGAGAUAUGUUAACUCUUUGCCUGCGGUGGUAGACAAACAAUGGACUGACAUAUGUUUGUGAAACAUACAGGCUUGAAUUCACAAAGGAGGUUUGUUUGUCGAGGUUUAUCGACAUACCUCCUUUAUGAAUUCGGGCCACAAUCUUUAUUGGCACACAUACUCCAAACAAUGUGGCAAUUUAGAGUUUUAAUCCAUAAAAAAUAGAGGGUUAAAUCAGAAAGCUUAAUGAUCUGUUUUCUUUUAUUUGGGAGCACUAUUAUAAUCUGAAAACAUGUGAAAAAUCUAAAAGAUCCUGUGGAUAUAAACUUAAUCUCAUCAAGAUAUGUAAUAGCUGAUUGAAAGACUAAGUUUUAAUCCAAAAACUUUAGAUGUAUCUAAAAAACUAUCUUUGUUUUGUUGAGGGGUGAGGGGUUGUAAUAUUAAAUUAUCUGAACACAUGUAAAAAUGUAAAUAAUGUAAAUGUAUUCAUGCAAGAGAUCCUUUGGAUAGAAAUUUAAUCUCGCCCUGAUAUGUAAUAUUUGGGACAAAACUUCAACAUAAUGUUGGGUCGGCCACAUCUUGGAAUUAGCAUAUCAAUCAACAUCUCCUUUGCAUAUUCGUAACAAUAACACCACCUGAUAUAUAACCCUACCAGGCCAGCUGCAGAUGUGUGUGGCAUUAAACUUGACUUGGAAGACUGUUAAAUCUUCUUCUUUUUUUUUUCUUUUUUUG